GAGGAGGAAGGAGCGAGAGACGCGGAGCCGUAGACGCCGCUGCGGCUUCCUCCCCCCUCCCGGCCCCCUAUCCUCCUCCUCUCCCCCGCCCGGAGCAGCCGAGUUUCUCCACCUAAACUGAGCCCCUGACUCUGUUGUGGGGUCCUUCUGGGAAGUUGCCUGUUGCCUUGGGACAGACUUCACGCGCAGCCUCCCUUGGAGCACACGCAUUGGAGGCUGGCUUUUCCUUCCUUUUCUGCCUGCCAUUCUUCCCCCCCCCCUCCCACUCCAACCCCCUAAUCGUCCUCCUUGGCAGCUCUAAAGGGAGUAGGACUUUGUGAGGGGCAGCCUUUGAGGUUCCUUGCUCUUGACGCUGACUGGAAGGGGUGAUCCUGGGCAGAUUCUUUGGGAUACGGCGUAGAUCAUUGCAGAAGAGAAGCAAGAGGGAGGUCAGCGACCUGUGAGCGCGCCACCAAGGAGAAGCAGGGAUGGCAGCUGAGACUCUGAAUUUUGGGCCAGAGUGGCUCCGUGCGCUCUCUGGUGGUGGGAGUGUCACAUCCCCACCACCUUCACCUGCCAUGCCAAAGUACAAACUAGCCGAGUACCGAUAUGGGCGGGAAGAGAUGUUAGCACUUUACGUCAAGGACAACAAGGUCCCAGAGGAAAUCCGAGACACAGAGUUUUCUGCUCUUCUCCAGGAUGACCCUCUACAACCGCUGGCAUUGGUCCCAUUAACGGAGGAAGAGCAGAGGAAUUUCUCCAUGUCUGUGAAUAGUGUUGCAGUGUUGAGGCUGAUGGGAAAAGGUGGUGGGGCUGCCCCAGCUGGUGUCUCCCGUGGGAGGGGCAGCGCACGGAGCCGAGGCCGAGGCCGGGGCGAAAGUGGCUUUUACCAAAGAAGCAUGGAGGAGGUGGAAGGAGCAUUUGGCCGUGGGGGUGGCCGGGAGAUGCACCGCAGCCAGAGUUGGGAUGAUCGAGGAGAACGGCGGUUUGAGAAGCCCAUCCGUCGGGAAGGAGCUCGAGCCCCAUUUGAAGAGGGAGCUCCACCAGGCCGCAAAGACUUUGCCCGCUCAGACAGUGACAACUGGCGCACGUUGCGGGAGGAGCAUGAGGGGGAAGAGGAGAGCACCCUCGCUGCCACAGGGUCGGGAGGCAGCUGGCGCCAAAGUGGCGGGGCCAGGCGGGAGAGUGAGCGUUGGCGGUCGGCCAGCCCAGAUGGAGGGCCUCGAUCAGCUGGUUGGCGAGAACAUGGCGGAGAAGGGCGCCGACGGAAGUUUGACUUUGACUUCCGGGACCGUGAGGAUGAGCCCCGGAGUGGGCGCCGGCAUCGGCACAACAGCGACAGCUUUGAGGAGGACAAAGACGGGUUGCCAGAGUGGUGCCUGGAGGAUGAGGAAGAGGAGAUGGGAACUUUUGACUCCUCUGGGGCCUUCAUGCCCCUGAAGAAGAGCCCCAAAGAGCCCAUUCCUGAAGAGCAGGAGCUGAAUUUCCUUCCCCUGCAAGAGGAGGAGGAGGAGGAGGAGGCGGAGGAGGAGGAAGAGGAGAACCGGCCGGAGGCAAAGGACGGCGAAAGGGGGGGAGAGGGUGGCAGCGUUCCAGUUGCCCCCACAGUCAAGGAAGGAGCAGAGAGAGAACGGGUAGAGCUCCAGCGGGUGCCUGAGGAGAAGCCGGUUGCUGCUCCUGCUCCUGCUCCGUGGCGCUCGGGCCCCCCUUUCUCCACGGCUGUUGGUGCUGCCACCAUUGGCGAAUGUGAGAGUGCUGUGCCAGGAGCCACCACCAAAGCAGAGGGGCUGGCGCUAACUGGCGGGUGCAUCAAAGACAUGGAAACUGCAAAUGGGGCUCCAGGCAUCCUGAGCCACCCAACUCGGCUCAGCCCCGCUGCAGUCUCGGCUGUUUCCUCAUCCACAACUGCUGCUGCUACUGAAUUCACAGUUGGGGACAACGAGGAUGAAGAUGGAAUGAAGCACCUGCAGCAGGAAGCAGAGAAGAUGGUGGCCUCUCUGCAAGACAGCUCCCUGGAGGAGGAGCACUUUACACAGGCCAUUGUGGACCAUCGCAACCCUGCCGCGGCCUUGCCCCUCUCUCAUGAAGCUGCCAUGAAGUGGUUUUACAAGGACCCCCAAGGGGAGAUCCAAGGCCCCUUCACCACCCAAGAGAUGGCUGAGUGGUUCCAGGCCGGCUACUUCGCCAUGUCCCUGCUGGUGAAGCGAGGCUGUGACGAGGGCUUCCAGCCACUGGGCGAAGUCAUUAAGAUGUGGGGAAGAGUGCCUUUUGCUCCCGGCCCGUCGCCGCCCCCAUUACUGGUGAGAAGGGAGAGGGCCACGGGGGUGCUGAAGGCGCUUGGAGAGGGAAGGGCACCAGAGCAGGCAAAGCCAGGGCUGGCCCACCUGCGCCCGCACCACAAGCGCCCGUUUGGAGCAGCACUGAAGCAGGAUGUGACACGUGAGGGAAACAUGGACCAGGAGCGCCUGAAGAAGCAGCAGGAGCUGGCAGCCGCUACCCUCUACCAGCAGCUCCAGCACCAGCAGCUGCUCCAGCUGGUCAACAGCAGGCAGCAGUAUGCCCAGUGUGCCCUCCAGCAAAAGGUGGCAACAGGGGACCUGACGCAGCAGCAGCUGGCCACCUUCCUGCAGCAGCUACAGGCUCUCAAGCCAAGAGCGGGGGAGCAGGGGAUGAUUCCUUCUAUGAACCGAUCGAUAUCUGUGCCAGACACCGGGUCCCUGUGGGACACACAUACCUCAGCCUCAUCACAAGCAGGUGGUGAAGCCAGCUUAUGGGAUAUUCCCAUUAGUUCUUCAACUCAGGGUCCAAUCUUAGAACAACUUCAACUGCAGCAUAAACUACAAGAGCGGAGAGGUGCUGAACUCAGAGCAAAGCGGGAUGAAGACGAGCGCAAACGGCGCCGCGAGGAAGAGGAGCUGUUCAGGCGGAAGCAGCUGCCGUCUUCCUCAUCCUGGGGCCAGCAGUCAGUGAACAGCUCCUCCACCCAGAAUAGUUUCAGCAUCGCUGAUAUUCAGAAGCUGGGAGAUGCCCGGGCGUGUCGGGAGCUACGGGAAGAGUGCCGUCAGCAGGAGCUUUUGCUGAAGUUGCUGCAGCAGCAGAAUUCACACCCGCUCUGGGGGGGUUUGGCCAAACAGAACGUCUCCAUGAAGGCUUUGCUGGAACUGCAGCAGGAGACUGAGCGGCACAUGCAGAAGCAGCAGCGGGCCCAGCAGAGAGCUCAUGGCGGCCACAGCCUGACCAGCCUCCCCUCUCAGUGGGGGGUGGACUCAAGCCCGCUGUGGGGCGGGCAUGAGAAGAGCAGUUCCAUCAGCCUCUGGGAGGAGAGCAUGAAGAACCCUGGCCCCCUCUCCCGGAGCCUUGGCUUAAAGAACAGCCGCAGCAGCCCUUCUCUGGGGGACACGUACAGCGCCUCCUGUCGGCAGAGCAGGAAGAAAACAGACGAGGAGGAGAAGCUCUUGAAGCUGCUUCAGGGAAUCCACAAACCCCAGGAUGGCUUCACUCAGUGGUGUGAACAGAUGCUCCAUGCCCUCAAUACCUCUAGCAGCCUUGACGUGCCCACCGUGGUGGCGUUCCUGAAGGAGGUGGAGUCCCCCUAUGAUGUCCACGACUGCAUCCGCUCCUACCUGGGGGACACAGUGGAAGCCAAAGAGUUCGCUAAGCAGUUCCUGGAGCGCCGUGCCAAGCAGAGAGCCAAUCAGCAACGCCAGCAGCAGCAGCAGGACGCCCCCUGGCUCAGCUCCAGCAGCCUGCAGUCCGUAUUCCAGUCCAACCAUCAUCCCAAGACGCCAUCGUUCGAGAACAGCCAAGCCGCAAAGAUCAAGAGGCGCCCGAUGAUGCUCCAUGCGGACCCCAGCAUCCUGGGCUAUGCCCUUCAUGGCUCCGCGAGUGAACUGGAACCAGUGGAGGACUACUGACCCCCCCCCCCUCAGCAAUAGGAACCCCUCUCUCGGUGUCUCCUCUCUGCCAUUGCUGCCUUGAUUUCACCGGUUUCAGUUUGAGGUGAAAGUGCACUGCCGGGGAGAGGGUCCGGCGCCCUCCGUUGCCCUCUGGGCAGAGGCAGGAGGUGGAGUGGUCAGUGGCGACGAGGGUCAGUUGGAUGGACAAGGAGGAUGUUUAGCACUUCUUUCCUUACAAAGCACCUUAAUGAACAAACAAACCUUUUCUGCCAUGCACUUUAUCAAAACGUUUUUUUUACAGUGACUUGUUACAGAUUCAAGAAAAGAAAUUUUUUUUGAGAUUCUGAAAGAUUUUUUUUUAAAAAAACAUGAAAACCUGCAAAAAAAAGUUUCUCUUUAAAAGAAAACACUUAUUUUUCACAUGGGGAUAAGUUUAAAAUGUGAAUGGCAAUUUCACAAAGGCUUGAUAUAAAAAAGAUUUAUAAGACAAAAAAAAACUUGAAGAAAUGCACUUACAAAAAAGAACUUUUUUCUUUUCUUCUUUGGAUAAAUAUAUACCUACAUGGGUGUAAAUACUGUUCAGAGACUCUAGCCCCGCACAGUAUAUUUUCUCUUACAAAGAGGCCAUUUUAUAUGAGACUUUUUUUUCUUUUUUAAAAAAAAUUGCACAAAAAUGCCUACCCUCGUUUUCUUCUAUGUUUUUGGUGAUUUUUCGUUUUGUUUUUUUUGCCCGUCUGGAUGUUUCUAUUUGUCUAACAAAAAAAAUCAUCUACAAAAAAGAGAAUUUACACUAACGAUGAAGCGGGUGGCUCACGGGCCGAUCCCAGAUUCCUCUUGGCAGCUUCUUCCGGGAACCUUGCAAAGCUCCGCCCCUUAUUAUAGCCACUCCCACAAGGUCGUCAUUUGGCUACCAGGUUUGUUAACCACCACCCCACAUAUAGCUUAAUGUUUUUGAAGUUGUGUCUUCAGCAAAUAUUUUGUCUGCGUAUGAGAUGCACUUUUGAUAAGCUGUGUGUUGUAACUGUUUAUUGCCUCUUUUCCUCCCCCCCCCCCUUUUUUUUUUUGUUAUCUGGAUACAGAUGAGAAUCAAAUUGUACUGAAAGUGUUUCCGAGGGGGAAGACAGCCUGCUGCGGCCUUGCAGGUCCUUGGUAGGCACUAGCUGUGCACUCGAAGCAGAAUUGAAUGUAUCAGACGCGGGCGAUGGUUUCGCUCAGGAGCCAAUGCUCUUGCUCCUCUCCCCCGACCCCCACUGGGGCAUCUCUUGCAAGGAGUGGCAAGCGCGGCCAGGCCAGGGGGCCAUGUGGUUGGGUUGGUGGUGUGUGCGCAUGCGUGCAUGCGGGGUGGCUUUUUUUUAAAAAAAAUAAGGAAGCCGUUAAUUGUCUUUGGUCUGUACUGGGGCUCUGGGCUUUUUUAUCGUAACACCUCCCCUCCUCAUUUGGGGGAGAUGUUCCAUGUAUGCUUUUGUGUAUAUGUGGGUGUGUAUAUAGAAGAUCUUUACAGAUAACCUUACGAUGAUUUUGCUUGAAUUAGGUUUUUAUUGUUCACAAGGAAACUGUUUCUUUUGUUUUUUUGUUUACAAUCCGUACUGAGUCAUAUGUGGGGGGGGGGGGAGUUGCACAGGGUACUCUUAAAUCUGUUUGGGGGGUUCUGUCUAUCAUUGGAAGUCAGUCACCCCUCCCCCCAAAGUGUAUGAAGUUGGCCAGAAGUGAGGCGAAACCAGGCCACGAAGAGUUGAGUGUUGGCUCCUUCCUGUUCCUUCCUCCCAUGUUGAAGGUGGUGGAGGAAGGUCCCUCUGCCCUCCUCAGGAUUAGUAUCCCUCCCUGAGCAUCUGAGGACAACAAGGGAUCCUGCUCCGUCGGCCCCUUUAGUUUGCUAUGAAGGCCACGUGAGAACGUUUGGCUGCAGAACGGACUCGGAAGCAGCUGGCGCCAUGGCCCACCCCGUCCCCUUCAAGCUGAUAGAAGAAGCCUCCCAUCAGUGCAGCUCUUGAGCAAAAAAAACCCACCUUACAACCAUUUUACGUUAACGACCAAACUGGUGAAGAGUGCUCGCCGUGUGUGGAUUUUUUUUUUUAUGUCCAGUUAUAGAAGACCACAGACUUCAGCAUGAAGGCUUGUGGGGCCGUGAUAUUUUUUAUAUAAUUUUGAUAGUCUUUGUAAUUAAUACUGUGAUGUUUUAAUAGUUACUUUGUUAAGAGGCAGGAUGAGGCCUUGAAGGGAAUGGGGGGGGUCUCCCCCCCUCCAUGUCGGAAGGCCGGCUGGCUGCCUGGCCUCUUUGGGGGGGUCUCCGGCUUCCUGCGGUUCCUUUUCCUGGGGGUCAGUAUUGGUCGGUCUGAGGCUCCAGCAGCCCCGCCCGGUGCCAGAGGGGAUUCCCUGCCUUUGUGCUGCAGAUGGCCUGGGAGCCUCUGCUGGUGCCUUCUGACGGGCGGUGGGUGGGGAGGGCCUGCCUGCUUUGGAGGCCCCCUGUGUGUUCUGCAUAGAGGCUUCCCGGGAGAGGGCGACGGAGGAGCUGCCACCUUGGAGACUGGGGUGGGGUGCUUUGAUCCCCCUCGGACAUUGCCUCAAGAAUGUAUUUGGGAAACCUGCUUCCCGGCCUGCUUCUAUCCAAGGGCUGCAUUUUUACAUUGAACCCUCUAUCAGUCACGUGCUUUGGUUGUGAAAAGGGCUGGGGGGUUGCUCCCCCCACCCUUCUGCCAUAUUUUUUCUUAAUUUUUUUCUUUUGGGUUUGCACCGAAACCUCGGGGGAGGGGGAUGUGAACUGAAAUAAUCUUUAAGACUUUAUCAAGGUACGGGCAAAGUUUACACAAGAGAGCUGUCUUUCCAGUGACUCCGCAGUCCUUUGCCUACAAAUCAGGGGGCCGAGGUGGGGGGGGGCUGUAACCAGGUGGAGGCAGCCCCCCCCCCCCUCCGGCAGCUCUUGAAGGCUCCUUUUCAGUCUGUGUGCUGUUGGGUGGUGGUUUGUUUGUUUUGUUUUUAUAAAUCUCCCUUGUGUGUCAUGUCUCUCCCCACCCUCCAGUCUCUUCAUGAUUUCUCCCACAUACAGGAUGGGGGGCGGGGGGGGGACUUUCUGUGUGUUCAAAGUUUGCCUUAUCAGUUUUUUAUUUUAAAAAAUUCCAGGGGGAGGGAUGUUGUGGGAAAGAUCUUUAAUGUGUUUUUUUCCAGUAUUAUUUUUAAAUGCCUAGCAAUAAGGAAAAAAUAACCAAGUUUCAGUGGGAAUUUGCUGUAGCUCAUGAAGAGGCUGGACAGACUUUGAAUUGCAGCUGCCCUGGUGGGGGGACUGGUGGGGGGUUGAUGCAGGGAGGGUAGCACUGGGCUCAUCUCUCUGGGGAUGCAGACAGAAUCCAUCCCGUCCCGUAUGAAGGUGGCAGGGGGUGGGAGGAAGAGAACUUCCCUGGCAGCAGAGCCAUUUCAGUGAUCUUUUAGACAGGUGGUGCAACCCCCCCCCUUUAUCACUUCUGAUGCCAGUUCCUCCUCCUGUAGGGCAACUUUGCAUGGGGAGGGGUUUGGGGCAGGAAUGUUUUAAUUUUGUUUUUCUUCGUUGCACCCAUUUGGAAUGUGACAAUGAAUGUAAAAUGAGGCCAGGCUCAGCCUUUCUUGGCAAGGAGGAAGGGGUGUGAUUCCCCCCCCACCCCAAUUCUGUGCUUUCCAGUUGCCAGAAGAAAGGGUGAGUUCUGUGUGUUCAAAGGGAAUUUAGUUAGGAACAGCUACAAAAUCUUAAGUGAAGGAGGACAAUUAAAUGCUAUGCAGCAGUUGUGUGUGAGGCUUGAUAUUUAUCACUUUCGUAGAAAUCUCUCUUUACUGGUGUGGGGGGAAAUCUCAGCGUCUCCCCACUCCUGUAGCGUGCAGAGGCCUCUGGCAGGCGAUGGGCGGCUUCCCUUCCUGCUCUCUUGCGUGUUUCCAAACUAGUGGCUGUUUUGUGGAUUUUGUUCUUAGAUUUUCCUGAUGCCUUAAAUUGUACCCAUAUCGCUUCAGAGUGGGGGCGGAGUCUCUGAGGGCGGGGCAUCCUUUUCAAUCACCAUUGCAAGAGAUGCUUUGGAAGGCGGUGGGUGUGGGUAUGUUCAGUGUUGGAGGGAAGUCUCUGGAAGGCAGUUUAUCAUUUGCUGUGGGGCACACUGCGUUUUGUGGGGGGGGGCGCCUGCUGGUGUGUAUUAAGUUGCAACAGUUCUGUCAGCGUGGAAGGAAGGUUCUGUGGGUUGAACUUGGAACAGCGGCUGCAACCUGGGCCGUGUGCGCGUGCUGCUUGGCAGGGGCCGCAGGAGUCGAGGAGGCUCGCCGCCUCCUGCGUUGGAAGGGGAUCUCCCUCCCUGGUGAGGACUCUGCUCGAUUCUCAACUUCUAGCCAUCCUCCGCCAAGUGGGGGCUAGAAGCGCAUCUACCUCCCCCUGCUGUCGCUGUCCGCACAGAGGCAAGACACCCUUCCCUUGAGUAUUACAAGAAACUGUGAUGGGGAGGCACGGAAGCAGCAGAGAACUUUUACUCCUGGCUCCUCCUGAGAGUGGAAACUUGUUUACAGACUUCACCUUUUCCUGGUGCAAAUGAGCAGGUGUGGGGCUCGGGCCAGAGUGCUUCUCCCAGCCUCCAGGCCGCUGAAUGUGUUAAGACGGCUCUGCUGCCCUCCACGGACUUCAACAGAGGGGGCACAAGCUCCCCCCUCUCCAGGAUAGUGUAUAGGCUGCCUGUAGGACUCCCUGGGAAGAGCGAGGCAGUGCUUGAGCCACCGGAACCACAGCGGCCUGCUUUUGGAGUGGCACGCCGUCUUUGGAACUGGACCGUGGGUGGCUGUUUCCCCCGUGCCUCAGGUGGGGGGACAGGACUUUUGCAGUUCUGAUCCGGCACCUUCAGGGGCAGGGUUGACCCUCCUGUAUAUACUGCACCCUCCUUUGCUUGCCUGUUCUCCAAAAUAUGUAAGAGUCACUUGGCUUUCAGUAUGGCAUAUGUAUAUCCCUAGGUGUAAGAUGCCAAAUCUCCCCACUACCACCCUCGCCUGGCUGUAUUCUUUCUUUCUCACAUGCAUCUUGUAAAUAGUCCCCAUAGUUUCACUGUGCAAGUUUGCAAGGAAAUAAAAGAUUAGAUGGUUA